UGUUUUAGUAAUUUUGUAAUAGUUAUGAAUACUCCAUAAGAAAUGAAACACGAAACGGAUGAUGAUUCAAUUUCACGUAUUUUAAAGACCCGUAGUCGUUCUCGUUCAACAGAUCAUAUCAUUCGCCUCCACGAGCCCACCUCUCCCACGACCACCGCAACAGGCGGAGUUCGUGCGGACCGCAGGCGCUCCUCUCCUCCACCGACCGACGCGCGGAGACCACUCCCGACAUGCCUCCUCCUCCACCACUCCCUUCGUUGACUCUUCCAUCCUGCCUCUUCCAUAUCGUCCGACCGCAACCGAUGACACCACAAUGGCGACGCCGAUCGCGGCCUAAUUGUUCAAUCCGCUCGACAACUCCAUCAUCGCCUACAUUUUCAUGGCUAUCCCCUCCGUUUCCCUCGCGAUACUGCUCCUCGCCCUCCGAUUCCUCCUCGCGUGGGAUCCCAGGGCGACCACCGUGACCGCCAUCAGAUCGGGCGGCCUCCCGCAGAAAGCUGGCGCCGCUGGCUCUGGCGCGAGCGAUCGGCCCGAGUGCAACGGCCGCUGGAUCUACAUCCGCGAGCUGCCGAGCCGCUUCAACACCGACCUUCUCGCCACCUGCGACGACUUCCCCAUCCUCUUCGAGAUCCGGGAGCAGCCGGAGAAGAGCAUCAUCCCCUUCCUCGCGAACCAUGGACUGGGGCCCCGCACCCACAACCGCUCCCGCUCCUGGUACCGCACCGAGCCCCUCUUCCUUGAGCUCUUCUUCCACCGCCGCAUGCUCGAGUACCCCUGCCUCACCGCCGAUCCCGUCGCCGCUGACGCGAUCUUCGUCCCCUACUACACCGGCCUCGCCGCUCUCCCCUUCCUCUACUCCCCCGCCCAAUGGAACUUCUCCGCCCUUCACGGCCGCGACCUCGCCAAAUGGCUCAUCCGCCGCGAUCGGCCCGCCAUCUGGUCCCGCUUCGGUGGUCACGACCACUUCCUCGCCGUUGCCGGCUUCGCCUCGGAUUUCGACAACGACCCCGCUCAGACCCCACUAUGGGGUACCGCCUUUCUCGGCCUACCCGAAUUCUACAACCUCACCGUCUUCACCCUCGAGUCCCGCGCCUGGUCCCUGCAGGAGCAUGCCGUCCCGCCCCCGACCUCCUUCCACCCCGCCAACCUCGCUCGCCUCGACGCCUGGCUCGCCCGCGCUCGCCGCUCCCGCCGUUCCACUCUAAUGCUCUUUGCCGGCGGGGCCGCUCCCGGGAGCGGCCGACCCAACGUCGUCUCGAGCAUCCACGCCGAGUGCGAGCUCCGCCGCGACCUCUGCGAACUCGUCGACUGCUCCGGGGGCGUCUGCAUCCACGACCCCGCCCGUUUCAUGCGCCCCAUGCUCCGCGCGCGGUUCUGCCUCCAGCCGCCGGGCGAAACUCCGACGCGCCGGUCCACCUUCGACGGCAUCCUCGCAGGGUGCAUCCCGGUGUUCUUCGAGGAGGCAUCGGCGGCGAGUCAGUUCGGGUGGCACCUACCGCGCCGCAGGUACGAUGAGUUCUCCGUGCUGAUACCCAAGGAGGAGGUGAUGUUCGGUGGGCAGCGAAUCGCGGACGUCCUAGAGGCGAUACCCCCGGCGCGAGUGCGGCGGAUGAGGGAGGCGGUGCUUGAGCUGGCGCCGGGCGUCAUGUACCGGCGGCACGGUAGCUCGGCGGCGCUGCGGGCGAGGAAGGACGCCAUCGAUCUAGCCAUCGAGGGGGCGCUGCGGCGGAUCCAACGGCGUGUGCGGGCGAUGCAACAGGGGAAGGAUGCUCUCCUCCUGGUGGGUGACAAUGAAGAGGAGUGGGAUGAGUGACGUGGGUUUUGCUUUUGGCCACGUUUCUAUAUGGUGUAGGGUCCACUGCAGUUUUGGUUGAUGUAAAUUUCAACAUUAAUUGUAGAUUUUAUAGGGAAAUUUAAGUGUUAAUAGAAAGAAAUGGAUGUGUUAUCCACUCGAUUUGGAAUCUACGAU